AUGGCCUCUAAUGUAAGCUACCCUAACACGGGCAGUCCCGUGGUCACCAGCAUCAAGUCGGAGGCUGCUAAGACCAGUGAAGAGCUACAGGAGCUUAAGAAUGCUCGUAUCACCCCUUCGACCACUACAACCAACGGUCAGCCGUUGACUCACUACCACUCCUUGCUGUACAGCCUUUUGAGCUGGGAACAGCCCCGCGCGACCGCUGUUUCCUACGCAUCCGUGAUUACUUUCAUUUUCGCCGCCCGAUACCUACCUCUCCUUCGUUGGGCCUUCAAGUUCCUCUACGUGUCGCUUGGAUUGACCGCUUCCGUUGAAAUUGUCGGUCAAGUCCUCUUCAAGCAGGGCAUCACCAGCUCGUUCCGCCCUCGCCGAUACUACACUAUCCCCAAGGAGACUCACGAGGCCAUCCUGGAAGAUGUCUCUCAGCUGGUGGAUUUCUUCCUGAUUGAGUUCCAGCGCAUUCUCUUCGCCGAGAACGUCGUUCACACUGUUGCCGCUUUCACUGCUGCCUUCCUUGGUUAUUUGCUGAUCCGCUUCGUUCCUCUUUGGGGCUUGUCCGUGAUCGCCGUGACCACCGUUUACAUUGGCCCUCUCGUAUACAUCAGCAACCGUGAGAUCAUUGAUGAGCAGAUUGUUCAGCUGCAGGAACUCGUCGGUGCCCAGGCCAACCAGCUCAAGGAUCUGGCCGGUGAGCGCACUUCGGCAGCCACUGGCUUGGUAAAACAGUACGUCGAUGACUACAGCCACAAGGCCCAGGAAUACAUUGGCCGCCGCUCCGCUUCUCCCGAGAUGACCAAGGCUCCCUCUGCCGUACAGACCCCUGCCCAGACUAUCGCUAAGCCCGUUGAUUCCGUCCCCGAGCCCGUUAUUAAGACUGAGGACUUCCCGGAAGCCCCUAAGGUCGAGCCCAUUGUGCAAUCAGUUGAGGAGCCUACACCGGUCUCCCACGAGACUGAGCGUGAGCCUCUUCUGGCCGCUUAA